AGCUGACUGCGUGUCAAAAUGGUGUUAUCGCACAGCCUUAGGACUUUUGCAGCAAUGACUUCUUGUUUGUUUGUUGUUUUUCUUUUGCAGUCUUCACUUUUCGUGCUAUGUUACCAGCUCAAAGAUGUUGAAGUUAUGUUAGAAAUAAAGGGAAAGCCUGCUGAAAUAUUUUCUGCAAGAAAAAUAGCGCAAUAUGACGGAUCAAAUCCUUCCAGGCCACUGUACAUGGGAGUGAAGGGUGUGGUGUUCGACGUCUCCAAAGGGAAAGAUUUUUAUGGAAAAGGGGCAGCCUAUAAUGCCCUGGUUGGCAGGGAUUGCAGCAAGGCAGUUGCCAAGAUGUCACUGGAGGAAGAGGACCUCACUCAUGACAUCUCCGACCUGUCUGAGGAACAUCUCAAGGCUUUGGAUAGUGUAUUUGAGGGAACCUACAUGGCAAAGUACCCAGUUGUCGGCUAUAUGGACUUCCUGAAAGAACAGUUCCCAGACAAAUUUGUCCAAGCAGCAACCAAAGAAGAUCUGUAAUCACUAAUGACAACACUUUAAGACGGGCACAGUUCAAAUUAUUUUUUAACUAUCACCUGGGUAAAUAUCUAGAACAAUAAAAUCAUGAACUCACUGAACAAACUAUAUAAACAACUGAACAAUAACAUAAAUGUUUUACAUGAUAAGUUGUUAUGAAUAAUUACCUUCUGACCAGUGUCAAAUAUGUAUAAUUUCAUCGGCAUCAGAAUGCCUUCACAGAGAUCACAGUCUACUGUUGUAUAAAAUCCAGAGUUAUAUCUGUUAAGUUUAAGUUAUAAAAAAAGUCUCUUGAGGAUUUUAAACAAAAUCAAAAGAAUAUGCACAUAUGCACAGUUACUUAAAUAUGCUAACUGCAUGUUAGUGAUACCUCUUUUUAUUCACCAAGUUUCCAGAUUUGAAGACCAAAACUUUGCCUUUAAGAGAGGAAACAUGUCAACGAUUAACUUAUGUCAACUUUAAAGAUCAUACUGAAUGUAGAGUUUAGUCAUGUUUAGCUUGUCUGUGUAUAGAAAGAAACAUAUAGAUGUUACAACAUAGAAACUUGUAUUGAUUAUCCGAUAUUUAUAUGUUCUGUGGAAUUUUAUUAUGAACAAAAUAUACAUGAUUUUCAUACAUACAAUCAAUAAAAAAUUAUCACAAGCCAAUAUCUAUUAGCACAACCUUGAAAUGUUUAGUUUUGCUGUUUGAGCAGUAGUCAUGAAAACAUUCAUAUAUUUUCUCUUAUCAAUGAGUGAAGGUGAUCCUUUUUUUUUGGAAAAUGUUAUUAAUUAUACAAUGGUUGUGAUAUGCUUCAUAUUUUAGAAUUUUCUUUAGGCUCAUAUUUAGUUUGUUACCUGAGAACAAUAACAACCUGCCUAAGGUUCUAUAUGAAUGAUGUAACUGUUGCUAUUACAGACUGGCUGUGACUCACUGAGGUUACUUAAAAGAACGAUGUGUAUGUAAGAAAACACAAUUAAUAAGGCUACUAGGUUUAAGCUGGAGUGUUCAUGAGUAUUUUAUUGCACAAACAUUGUUCAUGUUUUCAAGUCUUGAGACCAAGUUAAGCUGUGAUAUUGUUAGCACAGCAAAUGGCAUCCUUAGCACUCACUUUCCUGAAUCUCAGGAUAUUUUAAUGACAUUUGGAUUGUUGCACCUCAAGGUACCUAACAUGAAGCUCAAAACUGUGGUACUUGUCAUUCACACCUAUCCUGUUAUGUGGUAGAAAUUCCAGGUCUGAUUUGGUCACCAGUGUCCAUGUUUGUCAUAACACUAGUGACACUGUAUGGUUACUGCAGUAGUUUUGCUAGCCCCAGUUUGCUCCACACUAUUGUGAUCUGAAAUACAGACUUGGCAGUGGGGAGCUGUCAUGUGAUUUUAUUCGUGACAAAAAAAGGGAGAUUUUUAAAAAUAUAGAAAUAUUUAGUCACAAGCAUGAACUAUUUGUCUCAUACUGUAGUGUCAGGUAACAAUUACAAAAGUUGUUAUGGAUUCAUGUUUAUUGUAAUGUUAAGUCAAAAUUAAUUUGUUGAAGUCCAAAUUAAUGCAUUUCAAGUUACAUGUUAGAAAUUGGAAAGUAAGAUUGUUUAUGGAUAACAACUUCUUUUAUUAUAUAAGUUGUUAUCCAUAACCAAUCUUACUUUCUUAUUAGUCACCAACUUCUAGAUGCCAAUCAAACAGAUCAUGUUAGAAAUUGGUUUGAAUCCCGGGCCUGCCCUGAUCAUGUUUGUAUGUGUGCCAGCACUGUACCCGUAAGACUGCAUCAGUUUGGGCUUUCCUCCUAUUUAAAAUGAUACGCUGUGAUAUAACUGAAUCAAACGGCCCAGAGUUAAACCCAACUCAUUCGUGUCAAGAAGCUUCAUGUGGAACAGUUUUAAUCCCACCGCAGAUUUAUAUGCAUUGUAUUGAUUUUCUCACACACAUUCCUGUUGUCAGAGAUCUACAUCAAGUAUUGACAUUCUUCACUGUAUUUAUAUAACCAGUUUUUCAUGACAUUUUAUAUGGUUAUUGCACAAUGUGUUCAAUUUUCUCAACCUAUGCAAAUGUGAGACCAUGUUCUUUGUUUUAAUAAGAACAUACUGAAUUUGAACAAGUCUUUUCUGACAACUUGUAUACAGGAAGUUUGUUAUCACUUGGAUUUGUUUUGAUUAUUCUUGAUUUAUUUUCACAAUAAACAGAUCUGAUAUAUA